UAUGGAUAUACCAUCAUGUCCUACUUCCGGCCUAUCGACACCACCAUGGACGAGGAGCAGGUACAGCUGUGCUGGAAAGAGAAGUUGAGAUUUCUGUUCCACAUGUAUGACUCGGACAGCAACGGCCGCAUCACCCUGGAAGAAUAUCGAAAUGUGGUGGAGGAGCUGCUCUCCGGAAACCCGCACAUCGAGAAGGAGUCGGCCAGCUCUAUCGCUGAUGGGGCCAUAAUGGAGGCGGCCAGCGUGUGUGUGGGGCAGAUGGAACCUGACCAGGUGUAUGAGGGCAUCACCUUCGACGACUUCCUGAAGAUCUGGCAGGGGAUAGACAUCAAGACCAAGAUGCACGUGCGCUUCCUUAACAUGGAAACCAUCGCCCUCUGCCACUGA